UUGACCAAUUCCAAUAUGGUGGCCAGCUUGGCAGGUCUACGGUUCCUGUUGAUGAUAUUGUUGUUCUGCGGGAUCAGGUACGGCGCCUGCAGCCAGGAAGCUCCGCAGGUCCUGGGGCUGCGGCUGGAAGACCCGGAGGGCCUAGUGUGCAUGAAGAAACGGAUCAUCUCUGCGCCAGAAGGAGCCACGUUCAAGCUCCGUCUCUUCGGGGUUGUGAAUGGAAGCUGGCCGUCGGUGGCGUUCGCAGGGGCAGCUGGCGGAGCGGCCGGGGCAAUCGACGACGCGCAGGACCCCUGUGAACAGGAGUCCAACCGCCGGGAUUCCGCCUUCCAGGUGAAGGAGAGUUUCGUGAAGGAUGAGGAGUACAGCGGGCUGCUGACGGUGGAGGUCCGGCGGGGGAGCAUCUCUAGCGGCGAGCAGAAAUACCAUCACCUGUGCGUGCUGAACGGAGAGGAAUGGGCAUCUGUGGGCCCGGACAGACUGCGGGUAAACACCGACAAGUGUCUGCCCGCAGAGUACAUCCCUCCAUGGGGUCUGGCCGUGCUCAUCGUGCUGCUGCUGCUGGCCUGCGGGAUGCUGAGGACCGUGAACCUGAGCCUGCUGUGGCUGGACCCGGUGGAGCUGUACGUCCUCCACAGCUGCGGCUCCGAGGAGGAGAAACGAGCCGCUAAGCGUCUGGAGCCCAUCAGGAGGAGGGGAAACUUCUUGACAUGUUCUCUGCUGUUCCUAUGUGCGGUGGGACACUCUGUCCUGGGUGUCCUCCUCUACCGGGCGCUCGGCUCCAUCGUCUCUGCGGUGUUCACCAGCGGCGUCCUCAUCUUCUUCCUGGCUGAGUUGGCUCCUCAUAUCCUCUGCUCCGGCUAUGGCUUCCAGCUGGCGCCGGCUUUGACCUGGCUGGCCCAGGUUUGCAUGGUUCUCACUUGCCCCCUGUCCUGCCCCCUGGGGCUGAUCCUGGACCUGGGUCUGAGGAGGGACAUCAGCACCUGUGGGAUCAGGGAGAGGGCCAUGGAGAUGAUCCGCACAAGUGUCAAUGACCCGUACAGUGAGUUUGUGAAGGAGGAGUUCAGCCGCGGGACGCUGCGCACUAAGACGGUGGAGGACAUCCUGACCCCUCUGAAGGACUGCUUCAUGCUGGCCAGCUCAGCCGUCCUCGACUUCUCCACCAUGUCGGAGAUCAUGCAGAGCGGAUACACCCGGGUGCCCAUCUACGAGGAGGAGAGGUCCAACAUUGUUGAAAUCCUGUAUGUGAAAGACUUGGCUCUGGUGGACCCCGACGACUGCACCCCCAUGACAACCAUCACCAAGUUCUACAACCAUCCGCUGCACUUCGUCUUCAACGACACCAAACUGGACGCCAUGUUGGAGGAGUUCAAGAAAGGCAACUCUCACAUGGCCAUCGUGCAGAAGGUGAACAACGAGGGGGAGGGGGAUCCUUUCUACGAGGUGCUGGGAUUGGUCACCUUAGAGGACGUCAUCGAGGAGAUCAUCAAGUCGGAGAUCCUGGAUGAGUCCGACGGCUACCUGGACAUGAAGGUGAAGCGUCCCCUCGCUCCGCUAGAGAUUCCUCUGGAGCCUCGCAGCGCCCACGAGGAAUUUUCUCUGUUCAAGCCUCCUGAGGGAGAACCCAAGAUCCGCACUUCGCCACAGCUGCUGCUGGCCACACACCGCUUCCUUUCCAGAGAAGUGGAGCACUUCAGCCCACUACGAGUGUCUGAGAAGGUGCUGUUCCACCUGCUGCGCCAUCCCAGCGUCAACCAGGAGGUACACUUUGACCCCAGCAACCGGCUGAGCCCAGGACACUAUCUGUACACCCGCAAUCACCCAGUGGACUACUUCAUCCUGCUGCUGCAGGGUCGUGUGGAGGUGGAGAUUGGCAAAGAGGGGCUGAAGUUUGAAAAUGGGGCGUUCACAUACUACGGCGUGUCUGCUCUGACGCUGCCAUCUUCAGUGCAUCAGUCUCCAGUGUCGACCCAGCGUCACUCUCCCAGGGAUCCGUUCGAGUCAGCAGAGGCCACCAGCCCGUCCAGCUAUUGUCCUGACUACACCGUCCGAGCUCUUACUGACCUGCAGCUCAUACGGGUGACACGUCUGCAGUAUCUGAACGCUCUCAUGGCAUCACGCGUUGGCCAGAGUCCAGAUCCUCCUGAGAUCAAGAUCCUGCCAAACAGUCAGACCAAGCUGCUCAACGACAGAAACACCACACAAGAGUUUCCUGUAAACUUUUCUUUCUUUGAUACCAUUGAGAACUACUGUUAGAGUUUAUUUUGCAUGAGGUGGCAGCAGAGUCCAGGAGAGCUCCACAGAAGAGGAGGCUCAUGGGUAGUGCAGUUUCUGUCUGCCCGCUGUAAAAACAACAACAACAACAAAAACCUGCGACAAAAUAUAGAUUUUAGUUUGUUUUUAUUGAGAAUCAUCUAUGGCUGGAACGUAGUUAUUGGGUAAGACUGGAGUGAGAGUGAUUUUAUUUGUCUGUUGUGUAGAUCCUUUGCUCACACUUCUCAUCUCCAUCUCCAUUCCUUCACGUGCUUUCCAUUGAAUUAUGAUUUUAUGUUGUUUUAUACUCUUUGGACUAUAUUUAUAUAUAAUAUACAAAUAUAGAAAUAUAGCAUGGCAAGAGGAAGUAUGUGAACCCAUUGAAAGGAUCUGGUUUUCUGCAUUCAUUUCUCAUAAGAUUUAGCCUAAUCUUCAUCUAAAUCACAAGUAUAGACAAAUAAAAUGAACAUCAGUUAAUACGACACAAACAAUUCUAGCAUUUCAUUUUCUUUACUGUAACUUAAAGACAUAUUUAAAAUGCUGAUCAUUCCAAACGGGUUGCUUACCGUUUCUUGCCACUGUAUAUAAAUAUGCUUUAUUUUUAUUUGGCGGUGCCUUUCUUCUAGAUUUGACCUUCUGUAUUAAACUCAUUGCAUUGCCAUUCCUCACUUUUGCCUGUCUGAGUGCCAAAGCUACAUGUAUGAUUUCUAUGUGUGUGUUCUCUUGUGUAUACCGCAGCAUCCGUCCAUUUACGACACUAAAAAGUUGGUUCAAAGCAAAUUUGCACAUUAACUGUGUGCACUGUUGGUUACGUAUCAAGCUAUUUUGAAAGAUGUGAGGUGCGUCCAGAUUUUUAUGCCUUCCUCUCACAUCGCUGUCACACACACAGGUGUGUGUGUUGCCAAAAACUAAAACUUUAGCUUUGAUCAAUCAGUGGCUGAUCAGUGUGGAUGCUGUAAGUUGGAAAACAAGCAGGGAGAAGACUUUAAAGUGGCUGAGGGACUGCUUCCACAACCUUUUACUUGCUAGAAGGGUAGUAACUAAUUAUUACUUUCUCUGUGAAGUAAUCUGUUGAUUCGUUUCUUGAUUAAUCAAUUAGAUAUUUGGUCUAUAAAAUGAUGCCAAGAUGACAACUGUCUUAUUUUGUCUACAAAAAUAAUCAGUUUACUGUCUUAGAGGAAGAACCAGAAAUUAUUCACAUUCAAAAAUACAUUUAAGAUCUCUUUUUAAAUAUUUAAGCCAAAUAAACUUUCAAUUAGUUGUCAACUAAUCAAUAAACUAAUCGUUGUAGAUCUACUAGUUAGACUUCAGAUAGAUGCCUAUAUGCAUCUGCAGCACAAAGCAGUCUUGUCCUUGAAGUCGGACUGGUUUGUCGUGAAUUCUGGGUAAAUUCAGACUUCCAGUUUCCAUACUACCAUACUGCACAGUGUGCCAGAAUAAAAUUUAGUUUGUCCCAACACACAGUGUGUCAAAUGCAGUAUGCAAAAAAUACCAGGAUGUCCUACUACAUUUGGAAUGCUAGUCCUCUGUACAGUUACAUCAUAUAUGUCACAAUGUCCAUUUUACACGAGCUGGAACUGCUGUGAGCACACAGACGGAUGACAGCUUAUUUCAUACCGCAGUGAUCAAAGUUUAAUACUAUGACAAAGUAGUAUGUCCCAAAGGUAUGCAUACUGCAUGAAACGGUAGCACUUUGUGAGGGUAGCUGUAGUACGUAUUAAAAGCAAAAAGAUGAAGUAUGCAAUCUGAAGUGCAGUCUUUUUCUUCAGUUCUGCCAUUGGGAAGAAUUGCGAGACCUUUUUCAUUCAGUGAAGAGUAACAAACUCUUCUUUAGGAAUUACUUUCAAUUUGUAAAGUUGUAUCGAUUCUUUCAUGUCAGCUGGUGUCGGCCAUGUUUCAUAGCGUUGGGCAAGACAGAGGAAGAAACAGUUGAUCGGUCGUGUGACUUAAAUAUUCACUACAUCAGAGCUUAUUCAGAAAAGGAAUGUCCAUCUCCCAUGAAGCUCAUUACCUCGCUUUAGAAAAAGAAAAUCAGACUCAUUUAAGGAAAAAAAAUUAGAGGUUUUUUACGGUUUCCAUAAAGAAUCACUUUGUAGUUCAAAAAGCAAAUAAAAACACGUCACAGAAACACGGCUACUGAUUGUUACAGCAGAAACAUCAACUUCUUUUUAUGUUUGUGAAAGUAUUCAGUGGUUGGACCCCCUGUUUGACGGCGUAAAUAUUUUCUAAAAACAAAUUUAGGCACCCUGCCUACAGCCCUCUCCGGCAGCUUUUACAUCAACAGGAUGCAUCGACCAAGACACUCACUAGCUGUAUUUCCAUGACAUAUUUUUAUGCACACUUUGAAGUAUCACGUUGGCAAAAGUUGGCUUCUAAUCUGCUUGAUAAUUACAUGCAAAGAGUAUUCUCACAAUUAUCUGAGGAAGCAUCACAGCACUGUAGCUGUGGUCCAGCAGAAGGUGCUACAGAUCUGAUCUGUGUAAUUCAAACUGUGCAACUGGACGUCAGAUUAACCAUAAAUUGUGGUCAGAUUCAGUAACAUUCAUGUGUGUGUCCAAGGACAUUCAGAAGUCAAUUCUAAAGCACCUUAUCAGUUAUCCUACAUAUUGGAGUUGUUUUAACAUUCCUCUGCAUGUUUAUGUCUGUUUGUUUUGCCUAUGAAUGUGUGUGAGUGUAGCACACAAUGAUAUUUCACUAGUACAUAUCAGCAAGAAUCCAGUCUUCACUCAAUUACUCAUAUUGUAUGGUCUAAUAUGCAUUUGAAGCAUCUGUCAGUCAUUGUUGCAUGUGCGUAAACGUGGAAAAUAUCAGAAAUUGUCUCUGAAUAACCGCUGUGUUCCCUGAUAUUCAUAGGCAAAGGACAUGAUGAACAAAACCAUUAUUUUAAUAGAAAGGUUUAGAUUGUUUCAAGUCCAUCUUAAUGAAAUAUCCACAUGGCAAAUGAAGGCUGAAUCAUUCAUUCUGUUCUGACCAUGAAUCAGAGCCUAACUACACUGUAAAACGCGGGAAUAAAAAAAAACAUAUCUACAGUCUUGUUCUGUGCAGAACUGCAAGUGAAGGUGAGGACAAACCAUGUAACACUCCCAGGAAAAAAUGGUUUAGGUAUGGGGCAAUCACUUUUGGAUCUUUGCAUCUUUCCCGGAAGGCUUAACUACAGAUUUGUGAGGACCUGAAAAAAUGCGGAAAAAAAAAUUACAAAAAGAAAAUCUGUUUUCUUUGAACUAAUCUCAUUUCAAUUUGCUGCUUUGGAGUCUAUGAAUGAGACUGUGUAAUGUCAUCAGAAGGUGGUGAUAUCGGCUACAUGGCUGCAAUAAACAGAAGCAGAAGCCAGAAAUAAUAUUGGUUUGCUAACUGCUAAAAAACCUGGAAGAAGAAGAAACAAACAAAACUUUCUCCAUCUAUGGCAGAAAAAUGGAGAGAAUUCUUCAGGAAAGUUGUAAUCAUUCUCUCAUGUCUGCUAAUGUCAGCCAUGUUUCAUGCUGUCCAGAGAUGAAGUCAAUGAAAGAAACACCUGAUCAGUGUGAGUGAAAUGUUGUUACUGUCACACCUUAUUUGGAAAAUGUGUUUCCAUCUCCAGCAUGAACACUUUUCAAAGGAUAUACCUUGAGUGAGUGUUAAAACCUUGCUUUGAAAUUGGGAAGGUUCUUUCAAAUUUUGCUGUUUCUAUUGACUUAAGGCAGUACUUCAAAUAUAUGCUAUGAAAACAUGGCUAGUGGUACAUUUAAGCAUGUUUCAUCACUUUAAGCUGGAUUUAUGGUGUGUUUGAGCAGCUUGUGGACGUUAGACAGCGUUUAAACCCUCUCCAACCACAACCUUCUCUUUCUCAGAUUCCACUUCUGCUUUUAUCAUUUAUUACUCAGUUUUAAGUGUCAGUUUUCAUAUGAAUAUGCCAAUGCAACACUGGAGAGUUUUGUAUGUCUUCUCCUUUCAUGGCUUCUCCCUUCAGUAUGUUAUGUAGCUGCUUUUUAUACAUGUAAAAGUUCGGCAAACUUACUAAGCUCAACCACAGGGACUUAUUCUCUCCCACAGAAAACUCUGCUCCUCACCUGCCUAAACGCUCAUCUGAAGUUUUUCUUUUCUUUCUAUCUAUGUCACCAUGGAGUUCCUGAUUGUAUUAGGAAUAAAUACUGAAGUGGUCUUUGUUUGCCUUCUUCAGCAGUAGUGUCUAUACUGGACUUGUAACCGUCACCAUUGAUCUAUGGAUUCAUCUGCCCAGCAUUGUGAUUAUAUAGCCAUAUAUUCACUUUAACUGAAUCUGCUUGUACAAUCAUCCAUCCACCUGCAAGUCAUGGUUUCACGUAACUCUGGUUGGGAGGCUAAACAGGUGCUACAACUUGCCCAAGGGUGACCUGUAGGCCAUCGGACGGAAGGAGCAUGAUAGACGGACUGACAUCAUGGCUACACAAGGAACGGGCAACACUCACAAUUCAGAAAGCAAAAGAUCAAAUUAGAUGGAGAGAAAUGAUUGCCUAUGCUGAAUGGCAUGGCGAUCGAUUGAUGUCACCAUGGAACACAUUUGUAUAUAGCCCACCUAGCAGCUAGUUUGGCCCUCAAACAACGAAUGAGCAGCUGCCUCACAGAGCUUCAUCUCUAUACUCGUGGACUUGUGGUAGAAGUACGUAACCAGCCCCACCUGUCUAAACUCAGUCUUCCUACGUACACCCAGUUGUAGGCAUCUGCCUGUUGAACAUCUCAUUAACUUCAGCUGAACUUCACCAUGAAUUUUGCACAGAACAAAAGUAGUGUGGAUUUUAUUCUCUUUCAUUCAGUUGAUUUGUUUUAGAGUGGAGUUGAGGCAGAUGGUCUGUAGCUCUGCAAGAAAAAUUUUGCCACGGUCAGCUAAUCAUAUGUUUGUUUUCUGGAUUAAUCGAUCAGUUGUUUGAUCUAUUAAAUGUAGAUGAGUGUUUCCCAAAGUGCAAAAGAACAAAUGUCUUGUUUUGUCCACAACCCAAAGAUAUUCAAUUUCCUGUUAUAUAGGAGAAAAGAAGCUUCAAUCACAGAAUUUUGACUUUUUUUUAUUCUGAAGUAAUUCCUCAAACCAGUUCAUUGAUUCUCAGAAUGCCUGGUGAUUAAUGAAAUAGUCUGCAGCUAAAUGAUUAAUCGUUGCAGCUCUCAUGGUCUUCACAGCCAGCGUGAAGAGACGGACUAAUGUAUUAAGCUAGACUUGAAAAAAAUCCAGACCUUUAAAGGAUAAUUCUGCUUUUUUCUGGCUUGGCAUAUUUUCCAUCCGUGUGUUUUUAUGGAUCAGGGUAACUUUGCACUCUUUACCUCCUUUGUAGAGAUUCAAGAACACAGGAGAGCUCCCUGCAGGUUUCCAAAAAACAUGAGUCAUUUCAUUUUUUUGCUUCCAGCCAGCUUGAGUGGCCAUUUUGCUAACUGCAUAAGUGAUAUCUGGAUCUGAGAGCACAGAGUAACUUUUUGAAUUUUUUUUCCUGCAUUUACUGAAAGACAGAUGAUGUACCCUAACAUUGCAAAGUUGCGUGACCCAUAGAGUCACUUUAAUGGUAAUAGAGCAGCUUAAAUAAAGCAGAACGAUCCUUUAAGUAGCAGCAGGGUUGUUUAGCAGUCAGCUCUGCAUCAGCUUUGUUACAUUUGCACCAUUUGUCUCUUUGUGUGUUGAUUCGUUCAGUGUUAUCACUCUUGCAUAUAUUGCCGUAUUCCAGGACUUUCUGAAAAAAAUUUUUGACAAUGUGAUUCUGAGUAAAUAUUUUUCAGCUGUUUACUUAUAUUAUGUUGUAUUAAGUUCAUUUCUACAGUAUCAAAUGACUGAAUGUAAAAAGAUCGUCAUGACUUUGUGCUUCUUAAACGAAUUGAGAGAAAUGUUUUGAGUGGGGGCAUUUGACCAUGUUAAGAACUUUUUUUUCAUAUGUGACUGACUGCUUACAGCGUAUAACUCCAGGAUGUAGUUAAUAGGUCUCAGUUUUCAGGUACAACAUUGCUGUUACCACAAACAGUUUAAUCAGCUCCUCCUCUUUCUGUCCAGGUUACAUUUGUAUAGAAACUCACUUUUAUUCUAGUUUUUUUCGGGAAUGCUGCCAGUUUUUGGUUCAUUGAGACUCCACUGCAUUUAACACUUUCAGUAAUUUCUUAGGAAAUAAACUCGAAUCCUGUUCUGAA